AUGUUCGCUAUUGUCCCUCUAACGGCGGUAUUUGAUUUCAUUUAUUCUGUCGUAACGCUGGGUUGGCUAGUUUCAAUAGUCUACACAGUGCAGUAUAUGUUUUACUUAUUCAAAAUUCUUAAUACUCUGGAAAUGGUAUCUCAUAUUUGUCAAAUUAAAUACCGUUUGAAAUAUAUUGGAGACUUGUUGAAAUAUUACCAUUAUUAUUAUGAUUACAUGACGGAAGUGCAUCAACAUUUGUCGUACCGAAAACAUUUUUUCAUUAAUAAAGGCAAUGAACUAAAUCAGAUUCCCAGAUGCUAUUUAUUGAUAACACCAGGAAUGCGGAAAGUUGUCACUGAACUAAAAGAAAUUAUUCAAACGAAACCAAUUUACUUUCACGUUUUAAAAUUUUACAAACUUGAAUAUGGUAUAAUAUUGUCCAUCGCUUCCUCUGUUGUUACGUAUACUGUUAUAUUUUUGCAAAGUGUGUCAUAG